AUAAUGUUCUCUGUAGGUGAAGUGUUUUGUCUGUUGUUGGUAGCGAUCUUGUGGGAAGGCACAUGCACAAACCCAUUCAUGAAAAAAUGCACAGAGGGCAUUGAAGGGGUUCAGAAGGACAACAAACUCCUCCAGUUUCUGGCUGAGGUCAAAUUCUUGAUAAUUAAUAUAUUUUAUUUGAUCCCAUUUCUGUUAAACCAAAGUGGAUCAUUUGUAUCAUACUACUUGUUGAAUUUUGUAGAUCUGUCUCUGGCUGUUCCCAUGGUGAUCACAUUUCUGUUCACGUUACUAAUGGGUAAAUUGCUUGGAGAAGACUUUGGAGAAAAGAGAGCUGUGCUGGGUAUGUUACUCAUCAUGUCUGGAGUGACUGUGUGCAUGCUGAAUUCUGUCUCUGAGACAGACGGCGCGGGAGCCCCGCAACACAAGUGAUCUUUGAAACCUGCCACUGGACUGGGAGGUGAAGGAGGACCUGAAUCUGCUCCAACCAUGUGAUCACACCUCACACACACAUAUUCAUCUGACACAAUAUCUGUGCUGCUUCAUUUUCAGUAUGUGCUGUGAACUUCUGCUAAGAG